AGUUCGCACGGUUCGGCAAGCGGUGGCAGCUGGGAAGAUAAACCAGAUAUAAUCCCUAUACCUAGCAAAAAUCGAACUUAAUACCGUGUGCCGAUCGAGAAUUCUUGACGGGCGUGCGUGAGACAGUGUGUGUGCGUGUGUGUAUAAAGUGUGUGUCUGUAUGUGUGUACAACAAGCAUAUAUAAAUUCAAUCAUUUAAGAAGUGACUUUAAUGCUGUAAUUUCGCCUGAUUGAUGGCUGGACAUGACUUUGGGUCGCGUUUUCCGCGAUGUUUGCCACACGUUUCAUCCAGCCAGAAUCUAAAAUCCAGCGAUUUUCUCAAUCCUCCUGAGCAUCCUUGAAUUUGCCGCAUUCCGUAUCGAAGUGUAUUAGCAGAAUGCUGCAUUGCCGUUGUUGGGCAAUUUAUUGCCAUACCCGUAACUGAGAAUAUUUCGCUGAAGAAGAGCAAACACAAAACACCCAUCCAGCCCAACAAAAUCGUCGCACCACACCACGCCCUUUCGACCAGGUUCUAAUUAUCCUUUUUCCGAUGACAAAUGCAAUGCGGGCAAUUGCUGCACUAGCAGCAGGAGUGGUUUCAGUGGCCGCCGCCACAGUGGCCACCACUACCAUCGGUUCCAUCAGCAGCACCAGUCCCAAUACCAUCAGCACUACUAGUCGGAGUAGCGCCUCCACCACCAUCAGCGGGACCAGUGGCAGCAAUAGUAGCAGUGGAUUCUCCACAAAUUCCACGCUGCUGGACGCCGAUCACCUGCCGCUGCAGUUGACGACCGCCAAGGUGGACCUGGACAUUGAAAUCGACAUUCAACUGCUGACAAAUGGCUACGAUGGCACAACGUUGACAUCGUUCUACAAUGAGAGCAGCUGGACAAAUGCCUCUGAAAUGGAUACAAUAGUUGGUGAGGAACCGGAGCCGCUGUCACUUGUGUCAAUUGUAGUUGUUGGCAUCUUCCUAUCGGUGCUGAUAUUCCUUUCGGUGGCCGGCAACAUCCUGGUAUGUUUGGCCAUCUACACGGAGCGCAGUUUGCGCCGGAUUGGCAAUUUGUUCCUGGCCUCAUUAGCGAUUGCGGAUCUGUUUGUGGCCUCGCUGGUGAUGACCUUCGCCGGUGUCAACGAUUUGCUGGGAUAUUGGAUCUUUGGAGCGCAAUUUUGUGAUACUUGGGUGGCCUUUGAUGUCAUGUGCUCGACGGCGUCAAUUCUGAACCUGUGCGCCAUCUCGAUGGACCGCUACAUUCACAUCAAGGAUCCGCUCAGAUACGGCCGCUGGGUGACACGACGCGUGGCUGUCAUCACCAUCGCCGCCAUUUGGCUGUUGGCCGCUUUCGUCUCGUUUGUGCCCAUCUCGCUGGGCAUUCAUCGGCCCGACCAGCCGCUGAUUUUCGAGGACAAUGGCAAAAAGUACCCAACAUGCGCCCUGGACCUCACGCCCACCUACGCCGUCGUAUCCAGCUGUAUCAGUUUCUACUUCCCCUGUGUGGUCAUGAUUGGCAUCUACUGUCGAUUAUACUGCUAUGCUCAGAAGCACGUCAAGUCCAUCAAGGCGGUAACUCGUCCGGGUGAAGUGGCCGAGAAGCAGCGGUACAAGAGCAUCCGGCGCCCUAAGAACCAGCCCAAGAAGUUCAAGGUGCGCAACCUGCACACCCACAGUUCGCCAUAUCACGUCUCCGACCAUAAGGCGGCCGUCACGGUGGGCGUGAUUAUGGGCGUGUUCCUCAUCUGCUGGGUACCCUUUUUCUGCGUCAACAUCACGGCCGCCUUCUGCAAGACCUGCAUCGGUGGACAGACCUUCAAGAUCCUCACCUGGCUGGGCUACUCAAACUCGGCCUUCAAUCCGAUAAUUUACUCAAUCUUCAAUAAGGAAUUCCGUGACGCCUUCAAACGCAUCCUGACCAUGCGUAAUCCCUGGUGCUGUGCCCAGGAUGUGGGCAAUAUUCAUCCGCGGAACAGCGAUCGCUUCAUCACGGACUAUGCUGCCAAGAAUGUGGUAGUGAUGAAUUCGGGCCGUUCGAGUGCCGAACUGGAACAGGUGUCUGCGAUUUGACCAAAAGGAUGCUUGCAUCUCUCCGGAGGAGCCACAUGGCUACCCUGCGGCUGUGGAGGUCUGCGCGUGGACGAUGAUGACGAUGGAGCGCUGACCACGAGGUAUGUUCCAUGAGAUUCGGUCACAGCGGCAACGGCAACCAUUGUGGAGACCGUGGAGGCCGCGCAGAUGGAGACGGAGCUGCUCUAGGCCGACGAAAUGGGUUCCUAAAAACCAACUCGAUGUCUCAAAGCUUCAAACGUAAGCAAUCCCAGCCCUCUACCCUGAUCCAGUGGAUAUGGAAACCUGUAAGUAUUAUCAGCGCGUCCCAGAGACUAAGCAAUCAACUAUGCGUAUACUUAACCGCACUAGUAUCUAGCUGUAAAUCCUAUAAAAAUAUUUAAGACAAAAAAUAGAACAAAGAAUAGAAAAAACAAAAUCGAAACCCAACCCGAAACGUGAUUAGGUCUAAGAUCUUCAACCCGGCACCUAAGAGCUUCUAGUUAAGUUUCUGUUUGGAUAUUCAUGGCGGUUUGGCUCCAUGCAAAUGCGAUUAUUAUGGAGUGACACAUGUCACUUGCCACACUUCUCACUCACUCACUCACUCACCCAUAUAAACAUAAACAUACACGCACACAAACAAACCACUCACACGAUGGACAACAUAACAAGAACAACAAAAAACGCUGCAUACAUCGCGGCGCCCUCAUAUUGGAAGAGCUAUAUAUUUGAUUUAUUGAUGAGAAUUUAUGGCCAUUGAACGAACAGGGCUGCCAGCUGCACUCGUAAAUCAUGCAAAAUGAUUAUUGUUGUUAUUAUUAUUAAAGUCCCCAACACCCCACUCUCCAUUUAGAUACUAUAAAUGUUAUGUUUAGUUGGAGUGCCGCGAUGAUAGCAAGUUUUUACGACCAAACUUUGUAGACUGAUUUGAAUUUAUGAGUUGAAAUCUGUUCCACAAUGUUAAUUAAGCCAACUGUGAUUGACACCGGCACAACAAAAACAAUAGCAGCAGCAAGUCGAAAGGUUAACCCGAAAAGCCUUUUUGGGUACCGCAUUUCUGGGUAUUCUGAUUACCGGGUGAUUUAAUGAGCGGCACCUGCGAAAAUACAGCUAUCAGACGGCGGAAUAAUGAACAUGUUGCCCCUGGCACCGUUUUCAUCCUCAUUCCUGCGGCAAGCAUCUUGUCUUGUGGCCCAGAUCCCCGGAUUUCAGCCAGUAAGGGGAAAACAAAUGUAAACAGUUUGCUCUUCACGCCGCGAUGAAAAAUUAUGCCAGCACUGGGGGAAAAAUAUCAUAUUUAUUAUGUCAGACAUCAAGAUAAUAAAUCAAACAAUUAUCGAAGAAAAAAGGCCAUGUUGACAGGAC